UUUCAGGUGAGGUUCUGCGCAGUUUUUAGUUUGGCGGUGGCCAAACCCCCACUACCCCAUUCCGUAGGGCUUUCCGAGGAUGUCCACGCCGAUGUCGUUUUCCGAUCCGAUGACGUUCGUACCGAUGGAUUCGACACCAGUCUGCAUACCACUAACGGAACUAAGCAGGCCGCCAGCGGAGACGUCCAUGGCAACAUCCACGGCAACUUCGGGUGGAUCGCCGAUGAGACCGAAUACCAACUCCCGGGGGGCUGGAUCCCGACUACUGCCCCAAUGCCGCCGGACGUCGCCAAAGCCAUCGCCUGGCUGGAGUCCAACCCAACACAACCAUCACUCAUGUACAAUCACCCGGAUUCCAUCGAAAAGGUCUGUCAAUAA